CCUCCAUUUCUCCUUAGUUCUGUCGUCGUCAACCAAAUUUUGUGGCAUUUCUUGCUCUCCGAGUUCGACUCUUCGUCAACAUGGGAUCGAUCACUGAGAAAGCUUCUCUUUUCACUUUCUGGGUUGCCCUUUUAGGACUGAUUUUAUCACUUGGGAAUGUUGUUUGAAGAAUUCGAAGCAAUAUUUGGGGAGCCCCAAGUGGAAUGGUCGAACAGAGGAGGUCAUCCACUGCGGCGGUUCUUGUACUAUGUCCACGCUCCAGACCCUUCUCACCUCAGGAUUCACGUCACUGAUUUUCACUCCAAUACUUGGGAGGCUCUUCGUUCUGUUCAUGAGCUCGAGGACAUGGGAUUGUGAGUAUGUGAUGUUCUUCAAUGGUAUCGCGGGUCUCUUUACUAGUUCGUAUUGGUGGUGCACAAUUUUGUGGAAUGAAGGUAGUGGGUCUGAUUGUUUGAUAGAAAAGAAGAGGGACAACAUUGGGAUUGGUGGCUCUUGGUCUGAGUUCAUUGACUAUUUCGUGGCUUCAAUAAAGUCUGAAGAUGUAAAACUUGUUAUGCAUGGACAAUCGGACUCAGGGGCUACAUCUGCAAAAUUAGUUGCUCAGAAAGCCAAAGGAAUGCCAUUGAUUUUGGUUACUCUAGUAAAACUUGUGGAUUUUGCUGCAAGGGAGUUGAUGGGCAACCUGUCAAUGCAGCUCUUCAUGGCAUUAAAAAACACUCGGACUUCACUUGCAGAAGAACAAGAACGCUCUCGCCAGUUGACAAAGCUUAUAACUGCUGAAAAGAAUGAAAGCAUCCAGAACAAGCUCGAGUCAUUUUCGAAGAAGCAGAAGUUGCCCAUAACAAGCGCUUUGGCCAUGUCAGAUGCUUCAGACCCUUCUACGGAGAAAGUAGUAGUACAAGAUGCAACCUCUACAAGAGUUACUAAUCGUGUUGUCCCUUCUCAUCGGAGGUCAAAAGUAAGGGGUGUGCUCCUGCAAAAUCCUGAAGAUGAUUAGCUAGACGUGGGAAGUCAUUUUUCAAGAUGGUUUACUUUGUUCUGUAAUUACAACAUCAGCUGUCGGAACCAGGAACAAGAUGUGACACCCAACCCUUAGGAUAAACGCUUAGAUUUUUCUCUUUUUAAAGUUAUAAUGUCAAGUCUGUACAUGUUUGUGAAAUCUGAUUGUGCUGGUGAUUUUCUUGCCCGGCGUAUGAGUUUCUGCUUACUGGAAGAGGGAAGUCAUCAUUUUGCUUUAGUUUUUUUAUGUGCAAUGUGUUACAUAUCAAUAAUUUACAUUUGGACAGUCUCUGCAUCUUAUUAAAUACAUGCUUG